GCUGAAGUAAAUGAUAAGCCGAAAUUCAACAUGGCCGAUAACAUGUGAAAGAAAACCACAUCUGGACAAAUGUAGCCAAUAUAUCAGUAAUAUACUUAGCUUUGAGAGUCGUUUGAAAAAAAAAAUUAUAUAUCUAAUGUGGUUGAUUUGUGUUUUGCACUAGUUUAGCUACUCAUGACACAAUUGUUUGGUCAUUAGCUAGUUGACAUUUUUCGAAUAGCUAGCUAGAUACAACGCUAACGUUAGCUAGCCACCAACAACAAGCCUGCGUUUUUUUUUUUUGCCGUGAGGACCUGUGCUAGCUCGCUGGGAGACGGACAAGUGUGGCUCCGAUUAAUUUAUGGAUUUACACGUGUUUAAUUAGACGGCUUCGUAUGCUAGCUACUUUGCCUCUAAAUUUGUUGUUUUGUUUGGGGUUCGGGUGGAGUCUCUGUCACCGAUAGCAUUUUUUUUGUCAAGUAGCUAGCCGGCUUUAGUUUACGUUGACACAGAACGACCAGAGAGCACACCACUAGUUGCAGAAAGGCCUAAAGGAACUGAGCCCUUCUACAUAAAAAAAGCUAACAUGGAUCCGAAGCGUGGGUACAGCAGAAGACAUCAAAACAGCAGCGAUUCGAGCAGUAACAGCCCGGGGUCGCCAGCCAGUCCUGCACCGGGAGUCAGCAAAGCAGCUGCGGCCAAUUCAUUUGCUAAUGAUGGAAGCUUUAUGGAGAUGUUCAAGAAAAAAAUGGAGGAAGAAAAAAUGAAAAAAGAAAUGGACCAAGGAUGCGGUGAUAAAAGUACUGCUGACGGACAGUCGACACAGGAAAAGAAGACUACAAGUGUGACCAGCUUUGUGGGGAAGCGCAGAGGUGGCUCUAAAUUAGCCCUCAAGACUGGCAUGGUUGCGAAGAAACAGAAAGUGGACCCUGAGAUGGAGGGCAAGGGGGAUGCCUGGACAAAAUACAUGGCAGAGGUGAAAAAGUAUAAAGCACACCAGUGUGGCGAUGAUGACAAAACCAGGCCUCUGGUCAAAUAGACUCUGGAGGACCUUUUAGAAAGAAACCAACAGUGAUUGGGACAGCCAUCAAACCUUCUGCAUACUGCCAGACUCUUUACAGCUGUAGAAGCGAUCACCUAUUUUAAUGUUUAAUCUUGUUUUUCCUGUUUUGUUUUUGGGUUUAAAUGAAUGUUAGCUUGUGUGCUGUAUGGGGCAAUAGCAUUUUGAUGUGGAGUUAAAGGCUUUUGGGAUUGUAUUGGAGUACAUUACUGGUCCUGCUUGAUUAUUUAAGGGUUAUACUGUCAGGAUUGUAGCUCCUGGAAUAAGUUGAGUAAUUUUUUGAGUUUGAGAUGGCAUUUGUCAGCUGAAGUUGAAAUUAUAAGCACCGCCCAUUGACCUGGGUGUGUUGGCUUUGUCUGGACCCAGAACCCUAAAGAACCUCUGGUGGAGGCACAGAAAGUUGUGCAGCCUUGUUGAUUAAUUUGACCUUUUGGGCUGCUUUGGAUAAGCAACCGUCAGGUAGUGUCUCCGGUUAGAUUGUUACCCGUCAAAUAAACAUUUGAUUAAUCAGA